UGUGUUGGUGGUGCAGUCGUUAAGUAUCUUGGAAAGCCGUGGCAAUAACUCGUUACAAAAAUCGAGUUGACCAAUCAACCUUCGAUAGCUGUCGAAGCCAAUCACCACUGCACCGCCAUGGCUGCCGGCACGCCGUCCCGCCUGGCCCUGAAGCAGACCCCGCUCGACACGUGGUCGACGCGCGAGCACCUGGCGCUGGCGUCUGCUGUGCUGCGCAGCGGCGACCAGAACUGGGUGUCGGUGAGCCGCGCCAUGCGUGGCUUCGCCGACGCCGGCCGUCCAUCCGACUGGCUCUCGCAGAAGAACUGCGCGCAGCAGUACGCGCGCCUCCUCGAGCUGGUGGACGCGCCCAAGCGGAAGCGCGAGCGUGGCGAGCCGAACGAGACGCCGGGGGAGCACAUCGUGCGGCGGCUGCGCCAGGACCGGACCGAAGAACUGCGCCGCCUGGUUGCCGAGAAACGGGCCGCCUACCUGGCGCUCAAGCAGCAGAUCAGCCAGCUGCGCUCUGGCCAGCUGGACUCACAGCUGGACGACAUCCAGCGCCAGAUCCAGGCCGAGAAGGAGGCGGCUGCACUGGAGGAGGAGCGCCGCCGCCAGCGGUUGGCCGAGCGCGAGGCGCAGAAGGUGGCCGUGCAGCAAGCGCUGCGAGCGCAGGUGACCAAGGCGCCCCCGCCGAAGCGGCGCAAGCUGACGCCAGAGCGGCGCGAUAGCAGCCUCUCCGAGGCCGGCUCGGCGUCCGAGCCCGAGUUCGCAGAAGACAGCGCCACCUCGGACGCGGUGGCGGCCGAGGCCAGCGGCGACGAGGCGAGCAGGGAGGGCGCCGACUCACGACCGGCGCCCUCUUCCCCGCUGCUCACCUCGCUGCUCCGCUCGCCCUCGGCGUCCUCCGCCGGCUCGCCCACGCUCUCACGGCUGCUGGAGCUGCCGCCGGCCGCGCCGGGCUAUCCGCUGCCACGGCUCAACCUGUUCCCCGACCAGGCGGCCCGCGACGGCGAAGCGACCGCGGCGGAGAAACCGGCCGCAGAGAAGGUGGUCGACCCGCCAUCUCCGCGGCUGCCGCCACCGCCGCCGCCACCACUGCCGCCGCCAGAGGCCUCGCAGCCAGCUGUGGCCGCUGAGAUGGAGGUGGAGUCCGAGCCGGCGCCGCCUGAGUCGGCUGAGCAGGGUGACGCGGUGGCCGACGUGCACGCGGAGCCGGCGCAGGAGUUGCCUGCUGCCGCUCCGGAGGCGCCGGCUGAGCAGGCCACGCAGGCGGAAGAGGUCGAGGCGGCCGCCUGCCCGCCGCCGCCGCCACCAGGCGCCGGCGGAGACGGUCCGGCCGUGCCGUCCGAGCCGGCCCCCGUCAUCAAGCAGGAGCCGGGCACUGAGGGUGGCGCACAGGAGGUCGCGCCGCCGCAGAAGUCAGCCGAGCCGCCGCUGCCGGUCGUCAAAGAGGAGCGUGACGAGUGGGAGGCCGAGUCGAGCGGGUCGCGGCAGCGCAGUGGCUCGGCUGGCGCUGGUGCCGCUGCAGCGCAGGCCGAGUCCGUGCCCAACAGCCCAGCGUCGGCCGUGCUCAGCGGCGACGACGCCGAAGAGCGACGCGACUAUCGGAUCUGGAAGAAGUCGAUCCUGAUCCUGUGGCGCGAGUUCACGGCCCACCGGCACGCCUCGAUGUUUGCGCGGCCCAUCACCAACGACCAGGCGACCAACUACCGCGAGAUCGUGAAACACCCCAUGGACCUGGCGCAGAUGAAGCGCAACGUGGAGGCCGGCACGGUGAACACGACGCUGCAGUUCCAGCGCGAUCUGAUGCUGAUGUUCUGCAACGCCAUGAUGUUCAACUCCAGCGACCACGAGGUGCACCGGUUCGCGCGCGAGAUGCAGGCCGAGUGCGUGGAGAAGAUCCAGAUGCUGCUGCUGGCCGACAAGCAGACGAGCCAGCGACGGGAGACGCGCGAGUCGUCUCGCGACGACCUGAAGCGCAAGCGGUCCGGCGACGAGCGACCCACGCCCACCAGGAAGCGACGCUAGCGCCGGCGCACGCCCGGCUCCGUAUCGCCCCCCUCUCGUGACCACGCCUUGGUACACGUGCGCUCCUUCCAUUUCAUCGUGUUUGGCGGACUGUGUGAGUGAUGAGCGGCGGCUCGUUUUUCUCGUCUGUAUUACGUUUCCAGCGAUGUGCAGCGAGUUUUGGGCCUGGCGUAUAGGUGCUCGUUCGUAACGGAGGCGUCCUGGGUGACCAGCCAGUAUGGGCAUCCUAUCGAUGUGUGCGUGUGUCGUCGGUACCGCUGUGAACUUAGUAUCUGAUGAUUCCUGUUCUUGUAAUAAAUUUG